AUGAUUAGCAUAGGCGGUAGCUCUAGAAACGUAGGUGCUAACUCUAAAGACUUAGGUGCGAGUAACCCUAGUAACACUGGCGCUUCUGCUAGUAGCGGUUUGGGCGCCUGCAGUGGCAGUUUGUGCAGAACGAAGCGCAACUGCACCGCCAGCAGAAACGCAACGGCUGGUGGCGGCAGUGAUAACGGCGGGAGUGGAAACGAGAGCAUGGUAACAGACACUAGCGGUUCUAGGUUAACUUCUAAUUCAGGCACCGGCAGCAUCGCUUCCCACGCCAGCAACAGCGGCGGGAAAAGGAGAGUCCCGAGCAGUGGCAGCAGCGGCAGGAGGAAGAGGCAGACCCGAGUGAAGCUGAGUAGAAAGCUGUUCCCCCAUCGGCCUGUCCCGGAUCCUGAGAGACGCCUGGAGCAGCUUAGAUCCCUAGCCACCGCUCUGACAGCUAUUGGGGCGCGGUUCGUGGAUGGGCUGGAAUACCCCUUUAAAGCCGUGCCUAGGGGGAUGAACGAGCCCGGGAGGGAGGUGGGGGGAAUGCAGGUGCUGAGCCGGGAGAACGUGGGUGUUUUGGAGCGGUGCAAAGAGAUGUGGAGGGACGGAGCGCCUCCACCGCUGAUUGUCAAGCACGACCCUUGCCAAGGCUUUGUAGUGGAAGCGGAUGCGCCUAUAGCGGAUCGCACGAUCGUCACGGAGUAUGGCGGGGUGGUUGACAGCAUGGCGCGGAGGCGGCACGAUCCGUGCGAUGCCAUGAUGGGGUUACUGUUCACCGGGCGGGAUAAGACGGAUCUCGUCAUCUGCCCGGAUGAGGCGGCAAACUUUGCACGGUUCAUCUCGGGAAUCAACAACCACACCAAGGAGGGUCGCAGGAAGAUCAAUCUGCGCUGUGUGCGCUUCAGUGUGAAGGGGGAGGCCCGGGCGCUGCUGAUUGCCACGAGGCGGAUUGCCAAGGGCGAGAGGCUUUACUACGAUUACAACCGACUCGUGCAUGAGUAUCCCACCAUGCACUUCGAGUGA